ACGCCUGCCGUGGGGGUCCGGGUCUGGCCCGGUGCUCGCGCCGCCCCUGGGCCCUCGGGGAGCGCGGCAUGGGGUUUCUCUUAGCGACGCGGUUGUCUUUCUCCCUGUGGACAGGGCACUGUGCCUUCAGGGCUUCAUAGAACUUAUCUCAGAGUUGACCUGUUGAUAGGCUUCCCUAUAAAGUAUCCAUCGGAGACUAUUGUUUUAGGUCGAAAGGCUGCAGUUUUGUUUUGUUUUGCUUUCCUUUUGAAUAAGUGGAGGCAUUACUUCGGUUUGCUAACCUCACUUCCUAAUAGGUUGCAGUUUCUCCAAAGCACCGGAAUGGGUACUUGUCUAGAACUUGACAGUAUGACUCAGGAGCCAGGAAAUACGGAGAAAUUGAUACUACCUUGAAACAGUUCCUUCCACGGUCACGUAAGACUUUCUUUUAAAAAGAGUAAUAAAGACAAGAAGUAGUGCAGUGUGCCUGCGAGAACCACACCAUCCCGGGAGGGAUUCUAGACUAGGCUGCCGCACGCCGAGAUCUGUAUUACUUCCUGUGGGUUCUCAUGCACUUGUUUAAGCCAUUUCUCAGCAAAGGGAGGAGCUGUUAUUUCCACACGGGUUUCCAAAAAUGAGUCACAGGGCUGCUCUCUUUAAUUGUGAGACGUUGUUAAUGAACUUUUGGAAAGUGAGGUUUGCUCUGGCUGUAUUUAAAAUAAGAGUAAGAUGGGAAAUGCAUUCACUGUUAAACCCUUGCCGGUGGUAUAGGAGGCAGCAGUUAAAGUUCAGUUUCCUAAAGCGCCUGAUGGUACAGCAUGCCAGCUAGGGUCACUAGGCUGAUGUAAGAUAAUCAUUAAAAUCAUGUGCUUUGCCACAGAGGCUCAAGAGAAAAUUAAUUCAUUAUUCAAAAACUGGCCUCUUACAGCUUUUGCUGGUAUGAGAGAAAUAUGUCAUUUUACGUAGUGGAUUGUAUGUCACUCUGAAUCAAAGUAGUUCAGACAGUUUGUCUUUAGGGAAUUAGUGCCAAAUGAAAAUUUUGUCUUUAGUAGAUUAGUGCCACAUGAAAAUUUGUGAUACCAGUAGGAGCUGAGAAAUUAAAAAGUUUAAGCUGAUAGGUCCCUUUGCAACUGUAUAGCUCUUAGGAAGGGGCUGUACACUAGCAUAACACAAAGUAGAAAGGGGGACAGCAUCUCUGUUGGAGCUGAGUUGAGUUCAGACCAGCAAACAGUUAUUGGGCACCUUUCCUGUGUCAAGCUCUUCACCAGACUCUGGUUGUACAAACUGUGAGUAAAAUGAGAUCCUGCCAGUAAGGUCCCUAAAGACUCAUGUGGAAGGCUAGAACAUCCACUGGAAAAUCCAAUGGAAGGAGGCAAAAUGAAGGACCGACUCUCAGAAUUUAGGGAGUUAACCAAGCACUAUGAGCAGUCCGCAGAUGGGGAUAAUGACUUUGACUUGCCCCACGAGGACAUCGUGUUCGAGACAGACCCCAUCCUGCAGUCCUUGUUAAAAGACAUCCAGGCCAUUCACAAUGAAGUCCAGCAGCUGAUGGUCGAUGUGAAGCGGCUAGGAAAGCACAACACCCGCUUCCUCACGUCCAUGCGGAGGCUCAGCAGCAUCAAGCGCGACACCGACUCCAUUGCCAAAGACAUCAAGACCCGGAGCAAUAACAUCUACAGCAAGCUGCACACCAUGAAGGUGGAGACCGACGCAGCCGAGGCCCAGCGCGGUGCCAACUCUGCCGUGGUGCACAUGGCGCGCGCACACUAUGACGUGCUCAUCAGAGCCCUCCAGCACGCCAUGAGCGAGUACAACCAGGCCGAGAUGAAGCAGCGCGACAACUGCAAGGUCCGCAUCCAGCGCCAGCUGGAGAUCAUGGGCAAGGACAUCUCAGGCGACGAGAUUGAGGACAUGUUGGAGGAGGGCAGGUGGGACGUGUUCUCUGAGAACCUGAUGGCCGACAUGAGGGGCACGCGUGCGGCCUUGAAUGAGAUAGAGAGCCGGCACCGCGAACUGCUGCACCUGGAGAGCCGCGUCUCUGCGGUGCACGACAUCUUCCGGCAGGUGGCGCUGCUGAUGGAGAGGCAGGCAGACACCAUGAACGUCAUUGAGACCCACGUGCAGAAGGCCAGGGAGUACACCGGCCAGGCCAAAGUGCGCAUGCACCAGGCCGAGCACUAUGAGAAGAAGAACCCCGGCCGGACCCUGUGCUGCUUUUGCUGUCCCUGCCUCAACUAGCAGUCAGGCCCCCGCCCGAAAACCCUGGGAAGACCUUCUGCGCCCCAGCCUGCGGCACGUUGCUUAGGUCCCUGUGGACCUCAGACUUUAGAGAAAAGCAGCUUGAGGCCCAGCAAUUCCUACCCAGCUCACUCUCAUGCGGUCCAAUGUUUCUGCAGGAAGGACAUACACCUGCUAAAGUUGUGGGAGGUCAUUACCUGGCACCUUGCCCUCUUCUCUCUUCCUGACGCCAAAUAAGGAACUGACGCUGUAGCUAACUGUAGGGUCAGUGUCCAAGACUUCCUAAUAAACUCUAGGAGGAAGUCAGUUCUGUGUUGAAUGAUAGUAUGAACUUGUUAUGAAAACUUAAAUUCAUUUACCCUAUCCUGAACUUUUCAGGAUUCUGUUCAAUUUAAUAUGAAAUUGACCUUGGGAAAAACGAGUCUUUCAACUUCGGAUUCUUUAUUUGGCUUAUGCUAAGAGAUAUUCCUACCUAGAUGCAUAUCUUCUUCUGUUCACCUCCCCUACUUAUUAAAAUGAUAUUUAACAUUCACUAAUUUCCUUAACACUUUCACUUUUAAUAUCUAACAUCAGAAUAUAUUUUGGGAUUUUUUCCAAAUACUUUUAAGCACUGAGCAUUGAAUAAGCAUUCAAAUUCAAGUGUUCAGUCACAUUUUUGUGUAUUUUUCAUCAAUAAAAAUAAUUUAAGUUACAUCUUUGUACUUGAUACUAACAAUGCACAUAUGUAUGUAAAUGUAGAGUACUAAUACUAAUACAUGUACAUAACGACCAACUGAUUUUAUGUUGGUAAAUAUAUAAAUAUCAAGAUAAAUGUUUUUACUGGUGAUUGGUGUUGGUUUGCUUGUUUUGAGUUUAUCUUAACUCCUGUCUGAAUCUCCAUAGACCAGUUUGGGUCAAAACUUAAUUUUGAACAACACUGUGUUGGUUAUGUUGGUAAAGACAGAUGUCAAGGCUGAAAAUGCAUACGAAACUAGAGAUAAUAACAUUCUUGGAAAUGUUACUUUUGUUUUUCUGUAAACCAUUCCUUUCAUGCACUGAGAUGGAGUAAUUUAAAAACACAAUAAUCUUAUUCUUCAAGUUAGUUUAAUAAACAUUGUUAUAAAUA